GAGUGAGCUGCGGAGAUGAGUGAGCGCCACGAUGCGCAAAUAACCAUUUUCAUCUUCACACCCUCUUUUCCCCCACCAACCACAACUCAUCAACCAUGAUGCUGAAGCUGGUGCUGGUGUGCGCCCUCGUGGGUGCCGCCAUGGCUGAGCCCCUCUCCCUCACCGUCAACAAGGGUCGUCUCUUCGACGCCUUCAAGACCAAGUUCAACAAGGUCUACGAGUCCGCCGAGGAGGAGGCUCGCCGCUUCUCCGUCUUCUCCCAGAACAUCGACUUCAUCAACCGCCACAACGCCGAGGCUGCCCGUGGCGUGCACACCCACACCGUCGACGUCAACCAGUUUGCUGACCUCACCAACGAAGAGUACCGCCAGCUGUACCUGCGCCCUUACCCCACUGAGCUGCUCGGCCGCGAGCGCCAGGAGGUCUGGCUCGAUGGCCCCAACGCCGGCUCCGUCGACUGGCGCCAGAAGGGUGCCGUCACCCCCAUCAAGAACCAGGGCCAGUGCGGCUCCUGCUGGUCUUUCUCCACCACCGGCUCCGUUGAGGGCGCCCACGCCAUUGCCACCGGCAACCUCGUCAGCCUCUCCGAGCAGCAGCUCGUCGACUGCUCUGGCUCCUUUGGCAACCAGGGCUGCAACGGCGGUCUGAUGGACAACGCCUUCAAGUACAUCAUCUCCAACGGCGGCCUCGACACUGAGCAGGACUACCCCUACACCGCCCGCGACGGUGUCUGCGACAAGUCCAAGGAGUCCAAGCACGCUGUCAGCAUCUCCGGCUACAAGGACGUUCCCCAGAACAACGAGGACCAGCUCGCCGCUGCCGUCGAGAAGGGCCCCGUCUCCGUUGCCAUUGAGGCCGACCAGCAGAGCUUCCAGAUGUACAGCAGCGGUGUCUUCUCCGGCCCCUGCGGCACCAACCUGGACCACGGUGUCCUCGUUGUUGGCUACACCUCGGACUACUGGAUUGUCAAGAACAGCUGGGGCGCCUCCUGGGGUGACCAGGGUUACAUCAUGAUGAAGCGUGGUGUCUCCUCUGCCGGUAUCUGCGGUAUUGCCAUGCAGCCAUCCUACCCCAUUGCCAGCUCUGGCCCAUCCCCUCCCUCCCCUCCAUCUCCUCCAUCCCCACCAUCCCCCGGCAACUACGACUACGAGGACCCCAACCAGGGUGGCUGCCACGCCGGUGAGGAGGCUGUCCAGAUCGAGGGCAUCAACGGUUCCUUCUGCUCCCCCAAGUGCAAGAACGAGAUCAUCGUCCGCACCUGCUCCAAGAACGUUCCCCCAGGCACCACUGCCCAGCCUGAGUGCGUCCUCGAGACCCAGGGCUCCUCCCAGCCAACCAACUGCGCUCUGAUCUGCGAUCCCUCCGCUGAGUCUGAUGGCUGCCCCCAGAACGCCUCCUGCAAGCCCAUCCAGGGCACUGGCAUCUGCACCUACGACUCGUAAGCUCGUUGCAGCUUGCUUUGCGCUUGCCAAUUGAACUACCCUUUUGCUCGCUUGUCUUCCCUUUUGACCAGCAUUAAAUUCGAAAUUUGAUAA